AUGAGGCCAAACGGUUCAUCGGCGCUCCUUGGUGCCUUGCAGGCACUAAGGAUAUCGCCCGCGACGCCCAUCCAUGCUUAUCUCCCUUCCGCGACCGCUGCUCUCCGGCCGUCACCGCUCGCCGCUUCGGCCGCCGCACCGCACCAUGUCCGGUUGUUUUCGGCCACCGCGACCCGGGCGGGAACAUGGCUGGAGCCGAACCUCCCGCGCAAGAAGAAGAUGAUGAAGGGGCGGCCAAGAGUGCCGACCGGGGGGUCGUCGAAGGGCACGACCGUGGUCUGGGGCGACUACGGCCUGCGCAUGUGCGAUCACCACCGCAGAAUCAGCGCUGCGCAGCUCAAGACCGCCGAGGACACCAUCAAGCAGCGUCUGCGUGGCGAGAAGUAUCGGCUGUACAAGAGGGUUGCUUGCAAUGUCGGCGUGUUUGUCAGCGGUAACGAGAUGAGAAUGGGUAAGGGCAAGGGCUCUUUUGACCACUGGGCGGCCCGAGUCGCCGUCAACCAGAUCAUCUUUGAGAUCAAGGGGAUGCUCCACGAGCAGGUCAUCCGGGACGCCUUCCGCCUUGCCGGGAACAAGCUGCCAGGACAGUAUGAGUUUGUGAAGAAGGGCGAUCCACCGGUCGUGGGAAUCACGAAGUUAGACGGCAUCACGCUGGAGGACCUCAAGCGGCCUUGGAAGAAGCUCCCAGCACCAGAGAGCGCUGCCGCAUCACCAUCAGCCUCGACAGCCAGCUCCGCACCGCCUCCUUCAUAG